CGUAAUUAUAAUUUCAACCGCAUAAGCAUUCUCAUAUGAGAGGGAUUAAAGCAGCGCAUUAUUGGGUCAUUGAUAUCAUGGUCAGACUACGGCCGCUUGGCAAAAUACCCCUAAAUUGCUGUUCAACACCUUUUAUGCUCGGCUGAAAGGGGGAUACAUUCAAACAUAUCGCAUACAGCGAGCGUCUCUGGCGCUGCUGUCCAGGAUAGAUAAAGCUAGCAUUGAACUCCCAAGGAAGAAGCUUUUAUAUAGUGCUACGAGUGUUUCAAGAUGGUCAAAAAGAUUCAGCUUGCUGUGAUUAUAGGAAUCCCAUUGUUGGCAAUGGCUGUUCCGGCGCCCGAUUCUGCCACGAUAACGGCUUCUUCCGUUUCCAGCUCUGCUGCGUCUUCCUCUGCUACUUCCGGUCCUCUUCUUGGUGAAGACGGCGUUGCCAAAUGUACCGAUCUUCAGCUUCACUCCGGUGCCGAUUGGCUUGUCACAGCUUUGUGUGCCAUCUCAAAAUGCAAUCACAUGUGGCCCGUAUCAAAUAUCCUCAUGCUUGACGAAGGAGAUGUGCUGUAUGAUGGAGCUUCCGCUAAUUUCACGACAUAUGACUUAACGCUGGCUUCCACCACCACGACCGUCAACUAUACCGACGCGAUUGGAAACAUCGCGGAUAAUAACGGGACUGCUUGGUUUGGUGGUGGUUUCAAUCGUGCAAUCAUAGCCAUGGGUGGGCCUGGAGUCGACAGUGGUGAACUCAUCACCAAUGACUACAGCAACGUCACCGCUGUCGAGACCGCCGGAAUGUGGGGCCUGACUUACUUGACCGGACAGUAUGCGGUCGUCGAAAGUAUCCCAUCUGACGACACCACCUGGGCCACCUGGAUGAGCAAGAUUGACGGUACACCUGUGCUCAUCAGAACAUCUGAUGCCCCUGAUGCUUCCUUGAAAGCAAAUCAAUAUUACACUCUCAGCACAAUGGAUGGGGCUGACAAUGUGGUGGUGUGGAACCCCAGUGGUACUGGUGAUGACUCUUACAUUUCCAUUCCCAUCGGAAAUCUCAAGACAAGCUCCAAGUACUUGUAUCAUUUGGACUGGGCUCACUUUUUUUAUGAGAUCUCCCCAUAAGGAUCCCAUGAAGCAGCAAUAAUAAUAGCAUCCGGUAGUUGUUGUUGUCUGUCACUGUGGGCAUUGAUACAUAAUCCUUUGUCACCUAUUUCUAGCUUCCGUAUGUUUUAGUGUAUGUUUUGAGCAAGUCACAGAUGAAUUGUUAUAGAA